AUGGCAAAUGGCUCGGAUCUUAACCCGGAAGCUGGCGCAACCCAUAUGGAAAUCGACAACAAAACGCAGUUUAUUGCUACGGAAUGUGUCUUACAGCCAUUGGUUCGAAGUUUCAAAGUGUUGGUCAACAUGGGCGUCUAUCAUGAGAAGCAGCUGGCGGAAGGGGCAGAUGUCAAUAGCACGUCUGACGAUAUCUACCAUUUUAGUCUCAAACCCAGCUGGAACGAGACCUUUGGAACGAAAAAGGACGACACUUUUGGUAUGACUUUUGAGGCAAAGAAGGCUCUUAGCGGGUUCGUGGACAACCUUUUCAGUGGCUUCGCCCACGCCGACUCCUUUGUGUUCCGGCGAAAAUUCGGCGUUGAGGGAAUCUAUGCUACAUCAGACGCCCUGCAAGCGAUAUUCUACAACAAUCUAACCAACUCAAAUUGCCCGGUCAACGAUCAACUAACUUGUGCUAUGCAAAAUAUUGCUUCUGCGGUAUCGAAAACCAUUCGAGACACUGCAUUCACUGCUAAUAUUAGUUAUGAACCACCAUCCGUCUGGGGGGCGAAAACCAUCGAAUACGCCGAAAAACUACUGUUGGGCGAACCACGGCCACCGUCACAUAUACCUCUAUUCACUGGAUGUGGCUCGCGCUUCCGGUUGCUGUCUGGUUUCUCGGGGCGCUGUCCUGUAUAUGCAGUGCGUUGA